AUGUCGCACCCAGUCGACGCUCAACCGCAGCCGGAUCCUGACAUGCACCCAUACACCCGUCUAUCCGACACCACUGCCAAUGCGCAGAAGACAUCAAACACUCGCAGGGAUUCAGCGAGGGGGAGCCAGAGCGCUGUGCCAUCUGGGGCAGCUCAACGACCCUCCGAACCAUCAGUGGCCGAAGAGGACGCCUCGUUUGUUCCCGUACAGACCGUCCAACCCGCCUCUGGGCAGGUUGCGCCUCACUUCCGGCCGCCGCAGUGGUCACAUGGGACGCAUGAACCUCUUGCCACUUCUCAAGUUGUUCAACAGUCGCUUUCCAAACAACGGAACAAUAUUCCCGACGCCCUCGCAGCUGCUCUUCAGCUCCCGAUUAGGUCCAUUCCUGAGGCCGCCCAGCCAGUGUCUACAGAACCAAGCUCAGUCUCCGCUCUUCAGAACACACAAGACCGCAGGGAGCGUGAGGUUCAACCAUUGCUACCGGACGCUGAGCCUGAAGCUCGAGCCACACCGUCUGGACCACUUGUUGCGAGCAUGCAGCCUCAACGGCUACCGCCUCUUUCGAUAAGAUUGUCCAAUCAGAUGAGUGGGAGGUUCCAACGCUCAGGCCCCUACAAGAUCCCCAGCAUGUCUGUUCGCUCUCGCGUGGAAUGGACUUGUCUACACGAAGAGCAAUGGCUCUCCCGCGAACCCGUAUUCCAGCACCUGGUGGUUCCCAUGGCCUUCAUGAACGAUGUCAUCACCUUUGUCAGGGACCUUGGCGGCGAUUUUCGAAGGAGAGCUGCUCUGUUAGAAGUGAUCUGUCACAUGGAAUAG